AUGCCCAGUUAUCAUGGAGAACAUGCAUCGAAAUCUAGGUCAAAGGUCAAACCCGUUUUUAAAAAACUGAUACAGAGCGAAAAGAAUUCACUAGACCUGGAUCGACCAGCUGCGGAACAAGAGGAUGGCCUCGGGAUAUUUGAUUAUGGCGCUGCCUACACUUCCCGUUCCUCUCACGACAUUGCAUACAACAGUAGAGAAGGGGGAAGAAGAGGAUUUCAUGCUCGCUCAACCAGUGGCACAUCUCAAUUUUCAACAGCAACAACAGGCAGUGGCCAACGUGCCGGAUCAUUUAUACAUCCUUUCCAGCAAACACCGAGACCAUACACUCCACCCUUAGCUGCUUCUUAUCAAAACUCAAUUCGCGAAAGUGAAGCAACAAACAGCAGUCCUGCACUUACCGAAGAUGAGGAUCAGUUACGGCAUACUUUCCGUAGUACAGCCAAUCUAUCGAAUCAAGCAAACUCAAUAACUGGUUCAACAAAUCCUAUGCUGCAGCAAACCCUAAGAAUUCAAACAAAGCUACCUCCGACCUCCUCAAGACUUGCUCUUGCGACCUCACAUACAAGUCUCGCCCUAUCUCCCGAGCUGACCUCACCACUCGAUACCAUGUCACUCACUUCACCAUCUCUCCGACAGUCCAUGGAAGGAUUUCGAAUUCGCAGUCGCAGCGAAGUUGAUAAUCGUCUGCGUUCGGAAACUAUACAAGAGGCACGUCGAAAGUUCCAAGAGAAAGAGAAAGCCAAAGAAGAAAAGGCAGCAAGGGAGGAGAUUCGAGUAAUGGAAAAGAAACAACAGAAAGAAGCAAGACAGAUUGAAAGAGGACAUCGUCGUUCGUCUGCUAGUGACAAUGCAGCUACACGACCAAAGCGAUCUAAGUCUGAUCUUACCAUACAUGAGAAAGUUGAAGGACUUUAUGGACAGAAUUACAAUACCGCAUCAAUUUCUACUCCUCCGUUUAUCGCUGAAGAACUUGGUUCACCAGGCAGAAGUCAUACUGCAAUGUCAAAUACCAAGAAGAAAACACACAGUGCUUGGACAAAACUCAUGAUGUGGUUGAGAACUCGGUUCAUGCGACUGGGUAAGAAGACUGGCAAGAAAUAA